CGGACGUGUUGCGGUGGAGUGCCGUGCAGUCGAGGCUCCUGAGCCUAACGAGGCGCCAUGGUGGGAGUGGGAACUCGGGUUGGGGAGAGGAAGGGAACCUGGGAUGGCUUUUGCCGCGGCGGGUUUGGGGAGUCGAGAGUGACCUGUGCUGCGGCGGAGCUCGCGGAGCGCUGCCGCUUGCGGCCCUGCGGUAGCGUAAGGCCGUGUGUGGGAGUGGAGAAAUUAACAUGAGAACUGAGAGUUCGAGGGAGGUGACGUGUAGAAGUUGUCUGGUGGUAAAUGAGACAAAACAGGUGGAAAAGCAACGAAACCGGCUUUGCAGUGCGAAGGACGACGGUUGAGGGACAAGAACGCCUACCGCAUCGGCGGCGGCAUUUCUUGUGGUGCCUAAAACGAUUGGGGGCUGCACGCAGCCAAACAGAGGAAAGGCGUGUGUCCGGCGGCCAAUGGCGUGCCACCGUGCCGUGAAGGGGCGCGGCUGUGCGGCGGUGUCUGCGCCUCUGCUCCCGCCCCAGACUGCGCGGGGCUGCGCGCUGGGGAACGAGAGCCUGGGGUGGUGUGAAAGCGUUGGAAGCUCAUUGCCAACCCAAUAGAAGUGCAGAUAAAUGCAGAGUGAGCCUCACUGGCAAAAGGCUAGUGACAGAACCACGAGGGUGAGAAUUCAAACAUGUAGUUGAAGAUGAGAGUUUUGAUGAAGCUUUAAAGACGCUCUCUACCUCUGUGUUUUCCUAGAUCAGCUAAAUACACAGUAAUAGUAUAUAAUAUAUGUAUAGUAUAUAAUAAUAAGCUCGAAUAAGAGUUUCAGUCUCAGAUGUAAAACAAAAUUGGGGUUUUGAGUGAUUUAAACGUAAGUGCCAUGCUUCCUCACCCAGAUGAUUUAGUAGAGGAACCCAAAUAUGAGUGGAUUGCCUGGCACUAGUUAUGUGCUUAUUGUAAAGGAAAACAUACUUAGAGGUCUUGUGCAGAAAAGAUUCUUGCAACAUUACUCAGUACAUUAUUGUCAACAGAUCAAGGAAAUAAAGGGUUAUUAUAUAAAGAAGGCUUCUAAAACCAAAGAAAGGUGAAAAAGAGACUAAACGGAAUAUUAUACACAGGAUAUACGUGCUCUGUGGUAAGGAAUGAUGAUACUGCAUUCAUCCUGCGUGACCACGUGGUAUCUAAGAUCCUCCAACAUUCUCAACGUUAAAUCCUAGAAUCUUUACAGUUGGUCAUCUGGUCAAACUCCCCGGCAAUGAUUAGGGAAAAGCACAGCUAGAUUAGAUUGCCCAGGGCUUGAUCCCACCUUGCCUUGUAAGUCUCCAGGAAUGAGGCAUCAACCACAACUCUAGGCAGCCUGUUCCAGUGCUUUGCCACCCUUGCUGUAAAAAACUGUUUCCUUCUAUCCAACCUAAAUGUGUUUUACUUUGUGACGUUCGCCUGUACCCACUGCUCAAGCCUGCUUAGGUCCCUCUGGAUGGCAUCCUGUUCCUCUGGUGUGUCAACUGCAGCCCACAGCUUGGUGUCAUUAGCAAACUUGCUGAGGGUGCACUUGACCCCACUUUUGAUGUUGCUGAUGAAGGUGGUAUCAAAGAGUACCAGUCCCAGCACUGAUCCCUGGGGGACGCUGCUUGUCACCGAUCUUCAUCCAGACACUGAGCCAUUGGCCACUGCUCUCUGGACUCGAUUCUGCAGCCAGUUGUUCAUCCAUUGAACAGUCCACUCAUCAAAUCCAUAUAUUUCAUAUAUAUUUUCAUAUAUUUCCAUAUAUUUAAGGACUGUGAUUGAAGGACUCUGACACAAUACCCCACAACAUCCUUCUCUCCAAAUUGGAAAUACAUGUGGCUCUUCUGUUGUCCGUUGAUGCAGUGACACUGCCAUAAAAGACUGCUAGGUUGGUCAAGCAGGAUUUGGCCUUGGUGAAGCCGUGCUGGUUCUCCCUGCCUUCCAUGUGCCUUAGCUCACAGAGGUGAGACUGAUGGGUUGGUAGUUUUGAGGGUCAUCAUAUUAUCCUUCUUAGAAGUGGGUGUGCUGUUGACUUUUUCCAGUCACCAGAGACUGAUUGCCAGGACUUUGCAGAUGUCAUGGAGAGUGGCUUGGUGACCACAUCAGCUAAUUCCCUAAGGACUCUGGGAUGCAUUUCAUCGGGACUCAUAAACUGGCAGAUGUUCAGGUUCCUCAGGUGGUCAAAAACGUCAUCUUUGCUUACAGUGGGAGGGACGUUGCUUCCCCAGUUCCCUCCUGCUAAACCAAACAUUUGAGGGCUGUUUGGCGAGCAGUUAUCAGAGAAGAUUGAAGCAAAGCAGUUGUUAAGUACCUCAGCCUUCUCCUUGUCUGUUGUUACCAGAUCGCCUGUGUCACUUACUAGGCAUGGUAUGCAUUCCUGGACUUUCCUUUUCUGGAUGAGGUACCUGUAGAAGCCUUUCUUGUUCUUCUUGGUAUCCCUUGCCAAAGUUAGGCCAAGCUGGGCCUUGGCUUUCCUGACCCCCUCCCUGCACAGACUUGCAGCUUCUUUGUAGUCUUCCCAUGGUACCUGUUUGCACUGCCUGUACGUUUUCUUCUUGCUCUUCCAUUUGACCAGCAGGUCCUGGUUCAGCCACGCCUGUCUCUUGCCUUCCUUUCCUGACAGCGUAGAUCAGCAGCAGUGAGUAGAUUCAUGCUAGCAGCAGACUGUUGGGUCAUUUUAAUUGUCACUCAAGCAGCCGAGGUAAUAAUGCAGCAGGGAAAGAUCACUACGGUAUAACCCACAGAUAGCAAGUUAUUUUGAGAGUGAAAUCUAAGUGACGGAUAGCCCCAGAUCUCACGUUAUCAUUGUCCUUUUUUUUGUUUGCAGCGUGAAUGCAUAUCCAUCCAUGUUGGUCAGGCUGGUGUUCAGAUUGGCAAUGCAUGCUGGGAAUUGUAUUGUCUUGAACACGGGAUCCAGCCUGAUGGUCACAUGCCCAGUGACAAAACUAUUGGAGGCGGAGAUGAUUCAUUUAACACUUUCUUCAGUGAGACGGGAGCUGGUAAACAUGUUCCCAGAGCAGUGUUUGUGGACCUGGAGCCAACGGUAGUCGAUGAAGUACGUACAGGCACAUAUAGGCAGUUGUUCCACCCUGAGCAGCUCAUUACUGGGAAAGAAGAUGCAGCUAAUAAUUAUGCCAGAGGCCAUUACACCGUUGGAAAAGAGAUUGUUGAUCUAGUGUUAGACCGCACGCGCAAAGUGGCUGAUCUGUGCACUGGGCUGCAAGGUUUCCUUAUCUUUCACAGUUUUGGAGGAGGCACUGGUUCAGGGUUUACAUCUCUGCUCAUGGAAAGGCUCUCUGUUGACUAUGGCAAAAAAUCUAAACUAGAAUUUGCAAUUUAUCCAGCACCACAGGUUUCUACUGCUGUAGUGGAACCUUACAAUUCAGUUUUAACUACUCAUACAACACUGGAGCAUUCAGACUGCGCAUUCAUGGUAGAUAAUGAAGCCACUUAUGAUAUAUGUCGUCGCAACCUGGACAUAGAACGUCCCACUUAUACCAAUUUAAAUCGACUAAUUGCGCAAAUUGUUUCAUCCAUCACAGCUUCACUACGUUUUGAUGGAGCCCUUAAUGUAGAUCUGACAGAAUUUCAAACUAACCUUGUUCCGUACCCACGAAUCCAUUUCCCCUUGGUAACAUAUGCCCCUAUCAUCUCUGCUGAAAAAGCCUACCAUGAGCAGUUAUCCGUGGCUGAAAUUACCAAUGCUUGCUUUGAACCAGCCAACCAGAUGGUAAAAUGUGACCCACGUCAUGGUAAAUACAUGGCCUGCUGUAUGUUAUACAGAGGUGAUGUUGUCCCUAAAGAUGUCAACGCAGCUAUCGCUACUAUCAAGACUAAACGUACCAUUCAGUUUGUGGAUUGGUGCCCAACUGGAUUCAAGGUGGGCAUUAACUACCAGCCUCCAACUGUGGUGCCAGGUGGCGACCUUGCAAAGGUGCAGAGAGCUGUAUGUAUGCUGAGUAAUACCACUGCCAUUGCUGAAGCAUGGGCUCGUCUCGACCAUAAAUUCGAUUUGAUGUAUGCCAAACGUGCCUUUGUACAUUGGUACGUUGGGGAAGGAAUGGAGGAAGGAGAAUUUUCCGAAGCCCGGGAAGAUCUGGCUGCCCUUGAAAAAGAUUAUGAAGAAGUUGGGAUAGACUCUGUAGAAGCAGAGGCUGAAGAAGAGGAUGAAUACUGAAAAUGCGGAAGUAAUAGAAAGUGUGUUCUGUAACAGCAACAAAUGAAUUGCAGAAUCCUGUUCGCUUGCUUGCUUGUUUUCAGAUGCAGUUUUAAAUGUUGUACUGUUCAUUUUUUUCUUUGUUACUGUUUACACACACAGUUGCUGCGUAAGAACCGUUUGAAAUUACAGUUUUUGGUAGCAUCUAGUCUUGCACAACGUAAAGAUUAAAUUACAAACUUGUGUACGUGUCUGUAACGCUGUAUUUAUCUAUUUAUCUAUUUAUCAAUUUAUCUAACUGUAGUAAGGGUAAGUGCCAUUACACUUUUGGUCUGAACUAGAAUAUUUGCUAAAAGCACCAAACUUGCUACUUAAAAAAAUAAAAUUAAAAAAAAAAAAUGGGGAGACUCAGCAGACAAAAGGUAAAAUUUUCCAACCAGCGUGCCCCCUUACACUCAGUUCCACCUUAGAUAGAAGGAAAAUAAAAUGUCAGAUGACCUGCUUUACAAUAGUCAUGUUUUGAAUUCCUACACUGACCUAUGAAAUACUUAUGUGUCCUUUAAUGCACAACUCUGUGGACACUGUAAGCUUUGAUGAAUUAAUAAAAAUUGGUCUUUUUUUUUUACCUGUUCUUACUGUUGGCAGAAAAUACAACUUCUAUUUGCGGGCAGUUAUUUUGUGGUGUGUUUUUUUUGUUUCUGGCUGGUUGGGUGGGUUGGGUUUGGUUUUUCAGAAAAGCCAUAUGGUUUUCAGUGAAAAGGACUGGAUGCAACUGACUGGUGUUAAGUAGCAGAUGCUUCUCUUCACAGAUUGUGUGUUCUUUUUUUUUUUCUGGGUGGAAUGUCAUUUGAGGCAACCUCUACAAAACCUGCUUUGUAGUGCUGUAAUUUUACACUGUCUGAUAGUAACAGUACACAUCCCAAAAGCCUUCAGUUUUAGUCCAAUCUAGCUACACUGUUUCAGCUAGUAUUUCUGGUUAAAGUUAAUAGGGAUAUCUCUGGAUAAAGAGAAGGAGAAUAUAUCUACGUGCUUUUAAUGUAACAGUUAACUCUCUACUAACUAGAAUAGUAUUCUGCAGCAGACAUUUUAAAAUCUAAAUUAAAGCUAAUGCACCAGAUCUGAUUUAUUUGCUGAGUAUUCUGCUUUUGUAAUUUAAAAAAUACCAAAAAAGCAUAUAGUGAUGUACGUGCUAUUUUUACUUUACCAAAGGAUGAACUUCUGUCUCAUGCCUGUAACAAUUUCUAAGCUUUUACAUUUUACUUUCUUAACAUGGAACUUCUUUGUACGCUAGUAGGAAAAAAGAAAGAGAUGGAUGACUUUGAAUACUCGAGAAAGUAUUACUGAAAGCCUGCAACUGAAUUCUAAAUUAUACUUGCUGUUGAAAGGGAUGCACAUCAUCACAACAUCAGAAGCAGCUUCAAAACAAUCUUCAGAGCAGGAAACCACAGUAUUACAAAGUACAGAGCUACUGGUUCCUUGAAUUCAGAUAGUGCCAGCCCAAACACUGGUCCUGUUCGUAACUACAAACUGAGUCUUCUGCUGCUGUCGUCUCUCGUACAGGUACAGGAGGAGCUGAGGAUUCUAGCAAUAAACCAGUAACCAGUGCUGUCUAGGUCCAUCUUAAGUUUAACAGUUGAGCACUUACCUGCACCUAAUAAGCAAGGAAGGGCUCUCUCGUGAGUAGCCUGCCAUUUGAGCACUAUCGUGGCUUUCGAAAAUCACACACUGAAUUCUACCUCGAACAGGCUCCUUAGUUACAUUGCUCAAGCCUCAGGAUGGAUGAAGAAUCAGCAUCACUGACAGCAUUAUUACUUCAUCUUUGUAUUAAUUGAAUCCAUCCUUAGAAGCGCGCUGAUUGACAGGAGGAAGGUGCUGUUAACACUGGGGAUGACAGCCUUGGGGGGGGUCCUGGAUCUACGGGAGCAUUGGACAAUCAUCAACGGCAUGCAGUUCAACAAAGGUAAACGCCGGCUUCUACAUCUGGCUCGGAGCGACGCCGGCCAGCUUGGCAGCUGGGCAGCUGGAGAGCCGCUCAGAAACAGCACUCGCCGUCCUCACCGCACAGCGGCACUUCCCGCUCCCACGGCGCCGCUCCUCGCGCCGCCUGCCUCCCUUCAGCGCUCCGUUCCGGGUUUGCCUCCCGCUCGCGAAAUCCGCAGCGCGAGGAGCUGGUGCCGCUUACGGCACAACACGCUGCGAUGCAAGAGCACGCCUGAAAGCACCGACGCCGCAACCCGAUAACGCAACCCGUACAAAGCGGCGCGUGACGGCGCGGAGGCGUGUCCAGGGGGCGGGCGGG